GCGCCUGUGCCGGCCCCGCGGAGAGGCUCGCAGAACGGCUGGGAGGACGCGAGCCUGGAGCGGCUCAUGAGCAGCAUGCUGCAGGAGCGCGACCGCCUGCUCGAGACGCUCAGGGGCGCGCAGGAGGGGUUGUCCCAAGCCCAGCUGCGGCUGCAGGAGGUGACGCACCAGCGAGACUCGCUGCACCGCCAGCUCAACGCCGCCCUGCCACAGGAGGUGGCGGCGCUCACCAAGGAGUUAAACUUGUGCCGGGAAACUCUGCUGGAGAAGGACGAAGAGAUAUCGGAGCUCAAGGCGGAGCGCAACAACACUCGGCUGCUGCUGGAGCACCUGGAGUGCCUGGUGUCGCGGCACGAGCGCUCGCUGCGCAUGACGGUGGUGAAGCGGCAGGCGCAGUCGCCCGCCGGCGUCUCCAGUGAGGUGGAGGUCCUCAAGGCUCUCAAGUCGCUCUUCGAGCACCACAAGGCGCUGGACGAGAAGGUGCGCGAGCGUCUGCGUGUGGCGCUGGAGAGGGUGGCGGCCCUGGAGGCGGAGCUGACGGCGGCCAAUCAGGAGAUUUUGCUGUGGCGGGAGCACAGCGGCCGGAGCCUACCUCGGGUUGGCGGCGGGGAUGGCGCGGAGUCGGAUGCCAGCGGCCAAUCAGACGGCUCACAGGCGGCGCCGCUGGUGUCGGCCGGCCUGGCGGAGGGGGCGGCCACCCGCCUGCGGGAGCUGCAGGAGGCCGUGGAGCGCCAGGGGGCGGAGGCGGCGCAGCUGCGCGAGCGCCUGCUGGGGCUGUCGCGCCGCGCCGCCGAGCUCGAGGGGGAGCUGGAGGCGUCGCGCCGGGAGCUGGCGCGCGCCGAGGACAGCAACGCCCGGCACCAGCGCGACAUCCGCGAGGUGAUGGCACAGAAGGAGGACAUGGAGGAGAGAAUCACGACCCUGGAGAAGCGCUACUUGGCCGCUCAGCGCGAGGCCACGUCACUGCACGACCUCAACGACAAGCUGGAGACGGAGCUCGCCAACAAGGAGGCCCUGCACAGACAGAGCGAGGAGCGCGGGCGGCAGCUGCAGGAGCGGCUGGAGACGGCGGAGCAGAGGCUGCAGCAGACGCUGCGCAAAGCCGAGACGCUCCCUGAAGUCGAGGCGGAGUUGGCUCAGCGCGUCGCGGCCCUCACCAAGGCGGAGGAGAGACACGGGAACAUCGAGGAGAGGAUGCGGCAGCUGGAGGGGCAGCUGGAGGAGAAGAACCAGGAGCUCCAGCGGGCUCGCCAGCGGGAGAAGAUGAACGAGGAGCACAACAAGCGCCUGUCGGACACCGUGGACAAGCUCCUGUCCGAGUCCAACGAGCGCCUGCAGCUGCACCUCAAGGAGAGGAUGACGGCCCUGGAGGAGAAGAACGCGCUGACGCAGGAGCUGGACAAUGUGCGAAAACACCUCGAGGAGAUGCAGCAGGACAAGGAGCGUCUGAUGGAGGAGAUGGAGAUUCUGCGCUCGGAGGUGGAGCAGUGGCGGCACAAACCCUCGGGGUUCACGGAGACCUUGAUGCCCAGGUCCCACCGGAGCAGCGCGGUGGACACGUCUCGUUUCUCGCGCGGGUCGCUCACCCUCGACCCCGUCGAUCAUUACGCUACGAUGCGCCGCGCCAAGAAGGGACGACUCCCACCCUUCCGGGACGAUCCCAGCAAGGUGCUCACCGAGCAGGGCUGGGACCUGGGCGGUGGAAUCGGCGGGAUGGGAGGAGGAGGAGGAGGCGGUGGAAUGAUGGGAGGAGGUGGAGGAGGAACACCAUCGCUCCUGAGCGGCUCCACUCGCUCGCUGGACCCCGACGGGAGCCUCAGCGAUCAGGACAACGGAGAGCCGGGGCGGGACGGCCGACCCCGCGACCUCUGCCACUCCGACUCGCUGCUGCUGUCUCCCGGCGCAGGUGGCGGCGGUGGCGGCGCGGGGGCCGGAGGCUCGGACGCCCAGACGCUGGCGCUGAUGCUGCAGGAGCAGCUCGACGCCAUCAACCACGAGAUCAGGCUCAUCCAGGAGGAGAAGGAGUCGACGGAGCUGCGCACGGAGGAGCUGGAGUCUCGCGUGAGCUCGGCGAGCCUGGAGUCGCUGGCGUUCUCGCGCCUGCGCUCCGCCUCCUCCAUCCCCGGCUCGCUGGGCGGCGGCGGCGGCACCACCGCCACCGCCUCCUCCUCCUCGUCGCUGCCCCCCAGCCCCUCGCCCCCCGUGAGCGGGCGCUCCACGCCCAAGGUGGCGCCGCCGCGGCGUCCCGCAAGAGACCUCGACCGCAUGGGGGGGGUCAUGACGUUGCCGAGCGACCUGAGGAAAUACCGCCGGAGGACGAUGGGCGGCGAGGAGGAGCGGGAGGACAAGGCCACCAUCAAGUGCGAGACGUCCCCGCCGCCUUCGCCACGUGGGAAGUUCCACAAGCUGGCGCACGGCAUCAAGGCGGUGAGCACGGAGGACAUGCGCAGCGCUUGCAUGGAGGGGGGUGCGGGCGGCUCGGACACUCUGCGCAAGGCGCAGAAGAAGCGAGGCCUCAAGUUCGGGCUCCUGUUCCGCAGGAAGAGUCGCAUCGGCCAAACGGGCAAGGAGGCCGGCCUCUCGUCGCAAGGAAGUUCAUCGGACUCCGAGGUCACGACCCCGGACGUCAUGGGGCUGGGGCGGAUGGGGGCGCAGGCGGAGAGAGACCGGAGGCUCCGCAAAAAGCACGAGCUUCUGGAGGAGGCGCGCAGGCACGGCCUGCCCUUUGCCCUCUGGGAUGGCCCAACCGUCGUGGCCUGGCUUGAGCUGUGGGUGGGCAUGCCGGCGUGGUACGUGGCGGCGUGCCGCGCCAACGUCAAGAGCGGCGCCAUCAUGUCGGCGCUGUCGGACACGGAGAUCCAGCGCGAGAUCGGCAUCUCGAACCCGCUGCACCGGCUCAAGCUGCGCCUCGCCAUCCAGGAGAUGGUGUCGCUCACCAGCCCCUCGGCGCCACCCACCUCGCGCACGCCCACGGGCAACGUGUGGCUGACCCACGAGGAGAUCGAGAACCUGGCGGCCGCACAGAAAACGGAGGAGGAAGAGUUGGCCUGGGCCCAGACCCUGGGCUACGGAGACAUGAACCACGAGUGGAUCGGUAACGAGUGGCUGCCCAGCCUGGGCCUCCCGCAGUACCGCAGCUACUUCAUGGAGUGCCUGGUGGACGCACGCAUGCUCGACCACCUCACCAAGAAGGACCUGCGGGUCAACUUGAAGAUGGUCGACAGCUUCCACAGGAUGAGUUUACAGUUCGGGAUCAUGUGUCUCAAGCGACUCAACUACGACCGCAAAGAACUGGAGAGGAGGAGAGAUGAAAGCCAGCACGAGCUGAAAGACGUGCUGGUGUGGAGCAACGAGCGCGUGACGGCGUGGGUGGCCUCCGUGGGCCUGCGGGAGUUCGCCACGGGGCUGCAGGAGAGCGGCGUCCACGGCGCCGUCAUCGCCCUCGACGAGAUGUUCGACCACGCGAGCCUCGCGCUCGCGCUGCAGAUACCCACGCAGAACACGCAGGCCAGACAAGUCCUGGAGAGGGAGUUCAACAACCUCCUCGCGCUGGGAACGGAGAGGAGAUUGGACGAGCACGCGCCGUCGUGGCGCAAGCGCUUCCGGCCGAAGGACGCUCACGCGCUCUCGCUGCUCGCCGGCUCCUCGGAGACGCUGCCUCCCGGAUUCCGCGUCGCCUCCUCCGUGGGGCCUCCGCCCCCGCCGCUCCCCGCCGGCAAGCCCCUGCCCCCCGCGCCCGACGGCAGCUCUUCGGGUCCUCAGAGGAUGGACCCCUCGGCCGUCCGCACAUAUUCCUGCUGAAGUUGCCCGGUGAGCGGCUCUCGGACGCGCGGCGCGACCAAGGAUCCAGGCAGGGGAGCGGCGUGCCGACGAAUCAGCCAAUAACCAGGGUGGCCUGUCGCAUACAAGCCGCGAGCCUCCGCAAACGAGCGGCGAACGACGCGGCCGCCGCUGUGCCCACGCCGUAGGGUUUCGUAAGAUCGGGGAAGACGCAGAGGGAAACGGACGGCGGAGGAGAUGCCGGGAAGGCAGAAGGGGCCAGGGAGGAGGAGAUGAGAGUAGAAAGUUGAAGAGGAACGUCCAGCAGCUGGAGUUGGACGUUGAGAGAAAGGAGGGAGGACACGGAGAUGGUGGACGAGGAUGCUGAGGAGGCCCGUGGAGCAAGCCGGUGGAGGACACACGGAAAGUUACAUUUCGAUUUAAAGCUUUCAUGACUGCAGGGAUUCAUCUUCUUGGUUCUUUCGGUAAAGUCACGUAGACGCUGUCUCCCCGACAGACCUGGUCUUCACCUGAGGACGGCUGCUUGCGUUGUGGCCGAAACGUCGCGAGAAUUAUUUUAUUAUGUUUUAUUUUUAUUAUUUUAUUACUUCCCUUCUACGUGACUUUACCGAAAGAACCAAGAAGACACGGAAGGUUGUUUUGCGGGAGCUGCGGACACAGUCGGUCAAAAAGCAAUCCGGAGCGGGAAGUUUGGGUCUCAUCCUAAGGAAAGGGAGGGGGAGCGGGUUUCUCCUACAGGCAAACGCGUCGAGGUUCAAAUCGUCAUCAUCCGCCGUUACGAUUCGGAGUCGGCGCCAUUCUCGCAGCGCAGGGCUAAUCACGCCGCGUCUCACGGACGGGUAUAGCCUGCGGUUGUUUGGCAUUCGGGGGGCGAUGUCGCGACGACGACGAUGUCGCGGUGUGGCUCCUGCCCCCCCCCCACCUCCCCCCAUCCCCGUUGUGAAAGUACCAAGGGGGGUGUCGUUUUACAGAUUUCGGCAAAAACGGUGGAACCGUGACGCCGGCAACACGUGGCCCACUCACGGGAUCCGUAACGUCCCGCUGUCAAGCAGGCGGCGCUUUCUUGUUUUGCUGUUCACGAUCCGCGCACCGCAAGUACUAACCGGGGCGGCCGCCGGGUUCGCACCGCGAGCCUCCGUGACAACAAAGCGGCGCUCGGCCGCAUCACCCCCCUCCUCCCCCCCCUCCGAAAGCAAUCACAUUUCACCGCUCAAAUGAUGCGUGGGAGAUGACGCGCAACAUGAGAUCCGCACGAUGUGUUGAUGCCAAUUCGAGUGAACAAAGCUACAAAGGAGACGGGAAGGGAAAAGAAAAACCGAGAAAGGACCCACGUGACGUAACUCGAUACGAGACGAGGGGGAAUCCGUACGAGUGAGGGGCACAAAUGAUUCGACGGGACAGCGUGCAGAUGCAAGAGACGAAUGAGAAGGUGCAAACAGGGAAGCGUGGAAACCAGAUCUGAACAAUAUAAACGUAUACAAGUUAUUUACGCAAGAUGACACGGACAACACAAAUGGAGACGGCUGACGGGAACGAGAGACAAAGCCCACGAGCCCAACAGCGCCAAACGAGAUCGAACAAAUGAGACAGUAGGAGCGAGACCGAACAAAGUACAGCACGUGAGACAACUAACAUCGAGCCAGAACAAUCAGAACAGACAAUAGACAGACAAUAGACAAGACAGACAAUGAGACAAUAGACAGACAGUAGACAAUGGGACAAUGAGACAAUGAGACAAUAGACAAUGGGACAAUGAGACAAUAGACAAAGAGACAAUAGACAGACAAUAGACAAGAGACAGACAAUGAGACAAUAGACAAUAGACAGACAAUAGACAAUGAGCCAGACGAUACAGAACAAGCGGCCGCGAGUGCGACGCUACGAAACGGGAUUCAUUGAUUUCUGGGAUGGCCUCGCGAUCUGGGACCAUGCGACCCGGUCGAUUCUCGUAGGUGGCGAGCGAACGAACCAGUGCGUGGUUGCCGUGCCUCACAGACAACCCCUGGAGCCGCGUGGAGCCGCGUGGAGCCGGGAGACUCCCCUACUGACCGUCACCCUAAACCAUGAAACUAAAAAAGUUUGAUUUCGAUUUAAAGCUUUCGUGACUGCAGGGAUUCAUAUUCUUGGUUCUUUCGGUAAAGUCACGUAGAAGGGAAAUAAUAAAAUAAUAAAAAUAUAAAACAAUAAAAAUUCUCACGACGUUUCGACUGCAACACAAGCAAUCAUUGAUUGCAAUCAUUGAUUGCAUUUUUAUUGUUUUAUAUUUGUAUUAUUUUAUUAUUUCCCUUCUACGUGACUUUACCGAAAGAACCAAGAAUAUAAAAAAUGUUUGUUUUUGUUUACCGGGUUAAGGCCCCACUUGGCUACUCCUUUAACAGGGUGCUGCACAAUUUUUUUUUUAACGCUUCUGAGAAUUUGCUACAAUAACACGCGAAAAAUCUGCCUCCUCCGAGCUCUGGAGACCACCUGGAGAAGAUUCCAGGCACGCGUUGACAAGGGGAGACUCGUUGACUUUUUGAAGCUAUUAACGUUACAUUUGUCAUCAUAUGUUACAGCGUAGUAUUAUCCGUUAGUUUGCCAUUAAACACGAGAGUCCCGUAUAAGUGUUCGCAUUUUUUGAAGCUCCCUGUAUGAUAGCGUAGUUUAGAAGCGACUUGGCCAUCACGGAUGACGAAGAAGCUUACCGACAUCACGUGGCAAAUUCAUAGCAGUCGCCAAACACUCUAAACGCGUGACGUUGAUUCUCAAUGUAGAUGAGAUGGGGGGGGGGAACCAGUGGAGCCGGAGAAAAAUCGACGCGACCACGGGUGAGAGGGAAACGGCACGCAAACUCCAAAUAUACAGCGGCAGGCGGCAGGGUAGGGUUCGAACCCACAACCUCCUGUACACCAAGCGAGGUUGUUAACAUCUCCUAUUUACCUGUCCUGCAGAGUGUGUGAGUGAGUGUGAGUGAGUGUGGAUCCAGUGUGUUAUUUACCUGUCCUGCAGAGUGAGUGUGAGUGAGUGUGGAUCUAGCGUGUUAUUUUCCUGUCCUGCAGAGAGUGUGAGUGUGUGAGUGUGGAGUUAGUGUGUUAUUUACCUGUCCUACAGAGAGUGAGUGAGUGUGUGAGUGUGGAGUUAGUGUGUUAUUUACCUGUCCUACAGAGAGUGAGUGAGUGUGUGAGUGUGGAGUUAGUGUGUUAUUUACCUGUCCUACAGAGAGUGAGUGAGUGUGUGAGUGUGGAGUUAGUCUGUUAUUUACCUGUCCUACAGAGAGUGAGUGAGUGUGUGAGUGUGGAGUUAGUGUGUUAUUUACCUGUCCUACAGAGAGUGAGUGAGUGUGUGAGUGUGGAGUUAGUGUGUUAUUUACCUGUCCUACAGAGAGUGAGUGAGUGUGUGAGUGUGGAGUUAGUGUGUUAUUUACCUGUCCUACAGAGAGUGAGUGAGUGUGUGAGUGUGGAGUUAGUCUGUUAUUUACCUGUCCUACAGAGAGUGAGUGAGUGUGUGAGUGUGGAGUUAGUGUGUUAUUUACCUGUCCUACAGAGAGUGAGUGAGUGUGUGAGUGUGGAGUUAGUGUGUUAUUUACCUGUCCUACAGAGAGUGAGUGAGUGUGUGAGUGUGGAGUUAGUGUGUUAUUUACCUGUCCUACAGAGAGUGAGUGAGUGUGUGAGUGUGGAGUUAGUGUGUUAUUUACCUGUCCUACAGAGAGUGAGUGAGUGUGAGAGUGUGGAGUUAGUGUGUUAUUUACCUGUCCUACAGAGAGUGAGUGAGUGUGAGAGUGUGGAGUUAGUGUGUUAUUUACCUGUCCUACAGAGUGAGUGAGUGUGAGAGUGUGGAGUUAGUGUGUUAUUUACCUGUCCUGCAGAGUGAGUGUGAGUGAGUGUGGAUCUAGCGUGUUAUUUACCUGUCCUGCAGAGCGUGUGAGUGAGUGUGAGAGUGUGGAUCCAGCGUGUUAUUUGCCUGUCCUGCAGAGUGUGUGAGUGAGUGUGAGAGUGUGUGUAUGAGUGAGUGUGUGAGUGUAGAGUUAGCAUGUUAUUUACCUGUCCUGCAGAGCGUGUGAGUGAGUGUGUGAGUGUGAAGUUAGCAUGUUAUUUGCCUGUCUUGCAGAGUGUGUGAGUGAGUGUGUGUAUGAGUGAGUGUGUGAGUGUGAAGUUAGCAUGUUAUGUACCUGUCCUGCAGAGCGUGUGAGUGAGUGUGUGAGUGUGAAGUUAGCAUGUUAUUUGCCUGUCUUGCAGAGUGUGUGAGUGAGUGUGUGAGUGUGUGUAUGAGUGAGUGUGUGAGUGUGAAGUUAGCAUGUUAUUUGCCUGUCUUGCAGAGUGUGUGAGUGAGUGUGUGAGUGUGUGUAUGAGUGAGUGUGUGAGUGUGAAGUUAGCAUGUUAUUUGCCUGUCUUGCAGAGUGUGUGAGUGAGUGUGUGAGUGUGUGUAUGAGUGAGUGUGUGAGUGUGAAGUUAGCAUGUUAUUUACCUGUCCUGCAGAGUGUGUGAGUGAGUGUGUGAGUGUGAAGUUAGCAUGUUAUUUGCCUGUCUUGCAGAGUGUGUGAGUGAGUGUGUGAGUGUGUGUAUGAGUGAGUGUGUGAGUGUGAAGUUAGCAUGUUAUUUGCCUGUCUUGCAGAGUGUGUGAGUGAGUGUGUGAGUGUGUGUAUGAGUGAGUGUGUGAGUGUGAAGUUAGCAUGUUAUUUGCCUGUCUUGCAGAGUGUGUGAGUGAGUGUGUGAGUGUGUGUAUGAGUGAGUGUGUGAGUGUGAAGUUAGCAUGUUAUUUGCCUGUCUUGCAGAGUGUGUGAGUGAGUGUGUGAGUGUGUGUAUGAGUGAGUGUGUGAGUGUGAAGUUAGCGUGUUAUUUGCCUGUCCUGCAGAGUGUGUGAGUGAGUGUGAGAGUGAGUGUGUGUGGAGUUUGUACAUUCUCUCACUGUUGUGUGUGGGGUUCCUCCGGAUUCUCGGGUUUCUCUUCCAUAGCUGUAAAAAAUGAAAGACAAACAUUGUAAUUGGUAUUUGGCAAAUACCCCAAGGCUUACAAAUGACCUGCACAUUACUCAUUUGGGCAUCACACUGAGUAGCAUCGUCCAUCCCGCGCAGCGAAAACCUGGCAGGACCCUCCUGAAAAAACGAGUCUUGAAACUCAAUAAGGAUGAUAUUAUUUCCGAUAAACAAGAACCAUUCCCUGGUGUCAUGCAACUGCUGAGUUCAUGGAAGGUAAAUCCUCCAUAAGUUGACAAUUCCUCUAUUAAAUGUAAAAUCCACAUCCUCUGAAGUUAUGUACCAUACGUACAGUACUUUAAACACGUACGCACCAUGAGAUAUAUAUAUGUCAUAGCAUUCAAGGUAAUUUAUUUGCGUCUAACGCACUGCAUAGACACGGAGCAAAACCCUUUCACGGGGUUGAUGACAGUGAUCCUGGUCUGCAGUGUCGGUGGCGUUCCCGCGUGCAUGUGUUGUGUGUGUUGUGUAUCAUAGAUGCUCUCUUCUUUCAUCCGAGCAGAGCUCCGUGCGGAGUGUGCCACACGUUUGUCUUCAAUGGAAGAUGUACAAAAGAUUAACGAGGAGAGAGGCCUGAACGUUUGCAACAAAA